AUGCAGAGAGGACGUAAAGUAAGGAUCUGCGCAUCCAAAGAUGUUUGUGGAAUAUGGAAUAUUAACAAGAGCUUCAACUCUACAGUUGUUGAAGCGAGUGGGUAUGAGAAUUUGAGUUGCAUCGAGAAGGAUUGUCGUAACUAUGUUGAGAAAGCACAGUGCGUGGGCUUUUACUUUAGUAUAGAUCUGGAUGAUGAUUUGCGUCUAAAGAAUGUUUUUUGGGCAGACUAUAGGAGUAGGCAAGCAUAUAAGGAGUUCGGUGAUGUUGUCACAUUUGACAUUACAUACCUCAUGAAUAAGUAUGAUAUGCCAUUUUUUCCUUUUGUUGGAGUGAACCACCAUGGACAGUCGACACUCCUUGGAUGUGGUCUGGUCUCGAAUGAGGAUACAGAGACAUUUGUCUGGCUUUUUCGAACCUGGCUGCAAUGCAUGCAUGGACUGGCUCCAUAUGGGAUAGUUACGGAUCAGGAUAGGGCUAUGCAAAAUGCAAUCCAAAUUGUGUUUCCCAAUACAAAGCAUAGAUGGUGUUUGUGGCACAUAAUGAAGAAGUUGCCUGAGAAGUUCGGAUACCAUGCGGAUAAGGGGUCUAUAUUCGCUACUAUACACAGUUUGGUCUACGAUUGUCAGUUUGUAGAAGAUUUCGAAAACGGUUGGAGAGUGAUGGUAGAAAGGUUUCACUUAUAUGAGAAUGAGUGGUUGGCGGGUUUGUACAAGAAUAGAGAAUGUUGGGUACCUUGCUAUUUAAAAAUCACAUUCUGGGCAGGGAUGUCAACUACUCAACGCAGUGAGAGUAUGCAUACAUUCUUUGAUGGUUAUGUACAUUCGAAGACGACGUUGAAGCAAUUUGUUGAACAAUACGAACAAGCAUUGAGAAACAAGGUUGAGAAGGAGUUUCAAGCAGACUUCAAGUCGUUCUCGCAAAUGGUACCAUGCGCAUCAAGAUAUGGAAUUGAGAAGCAAUUUCAAGCAGUUUACACAAUUUCGAAAUUUAAGGAAGUUCAAGAGGAGUUCACGGGUAAAAUGUACUACAACCUUGUUUCUGUCUCUGAGGGACUAUUGGGGGCAACGUAUGAGGUACGGGAGGAUACAUAUGAUCGCAGUAUUGGUCCGUAA